UUUACCGUCGCCUUCAAGAUGUCUGCGCCCAAUGCUUCACAACAAUAUCAGGAGCAACGACAGGGCCAGCGGCCACGGGUGCGCCAUGCCUUGACGGAGGAAGAACAAGAAGUGAUCAAUGAAUGCAAUAGAGAAAGUUUUUAUUACCGAUGCCUGCCUCUCAGUUUGAGUCUGAUGGCUGGAGUCCAGCUUCUUGUAAACAGGGGUGUUUUGGGACGUUCACCAUCAUAUGGAAUUUAUCCAAAACAUAUUGGUGCCUGUGUCUUGGGCUUCAUUGUGGGCAAGAUGUCUUACUUUGACCAAUGUAAGAAGAAAAUAAUUGCUAAAAUUCCUAACAGCCACAUAGGCUUGGCUGCAAGAGGGCUAUUAAAACCGGAGGAUGAAAUGGCUCUUUAUCAGUCAGCGUCACCUGUGGAAGGGAGACAACUCUCUGAUAUACCAAAGGAUGAGAUGCGCAGCACAGAUUUUGACACAGAUAAGACGCCGGCACAAAUACCUAAAGGGCUUGACAUCAAUGACAGACCCAGUGUAGAUCAGGAAGGUUUUCCACUGCCAACUCAGGAAAAGGCGGCACCCAGCUUCAAGUCAUAUGACGAUCUCAGGAACCAGAACCGCAUGGACUUUGAGAGGAAGAUGGCGUCCAGUGACAGCCCCUUGAACCAGCCACCAUGGCCAGCACCAGCACCAACACCAGCACCACCAUCAUCUCAGGGGAGACCGUUCACUCGGCCAACCCCACGACAGGAUACAAGCAAACCCAAGAACAAAUAUGGAGACGAAUGGGACGAGUAGAUGCAAGUUACCUCCCUUUAGGAAGAGGCGUGUGUGAAGUGACAGCACCAUCAACUGGACCGUUCUCCUAAUGUUUCUACAAAAUAUGAAAUAUCUCUUUGUGCAAAAGAUGAAAGUAUAAAUAAAAGUAUAAAUACUGUAUGUUCCUAUAAAGACAAAAUAUGGUAACAUGCAUUGAUUUUAAGCACUUGAAUUACUAAUACAUUAUGUGAAGGGAUGGUUGUUAAUAUUUGUCUUAGCAUACUGGUUGACAAUAUGAUAUAUCUAAUCAUGUAAGGUAUGUGUGUAUGUGGUUAAAGAGCCUAUGGAUAUGGUUACAGAGCUGUGGACUGUCUUGACCUUUUUCUUGUAAAUUAUCCAGGAUUGUGAAAAUAUGUUAAAACUCUGCUUUGCUUGUGUAGAAUGGCAAAAAUAGUUGACUGAGUUAUGUAUAUAAAAUGUGUGUAUGAAAAGUGAAAUAAAGUGAGUCAUUUCUAAA